AUGGGUGGUUGCAUCUCUUUCCAAAUAUCAUGCGAUCAAGUCUUGAACCGUGUUGGUAGCUGCUUUUGCGGAAAAGGCAACUAUAUUCGUAACCUUGAGACGAAUCUGGUGGCUCUGGAGAAAGCCAUGGGAGUACUCAAGGCAAGGCGAGAUGAUGUGUUAACAAGGGUUCAAAGGGAAGAAGGCAAAGGUCAAGAGAGGCUACACGAAGUCCAGGUAUGGCUUACGAGUGUUCAGACCAUCGAAACCAAUUUCCAUGAUCUAAACGUAACUAGAACCGUUGAACUCCAAAGGUUGUGUCUUUUUGGUGUUUGUUCAAAAAACUUAAAAUCUAGCUUCCAUUAUGGGAGAAGGGUUUCUCUGAUGCUGAAAGAGGUUGAAGAUCUCAAAUCUAAUGGAGUAUUUGAAGUUGUUUCUGAGCCGCCAGCUAUGAGAUAUGUAGUGGAAGAAAGGCCUUUACAACCGAUAAUCUUUGGUGGAGAGACAAUGCUCGAAAGGGCGUGGAACCGCCUCAUGGAUGAUGAGACUGGUGUCAUGGGUCUCUACGGUAUGGGCGGAGUAGGAAAAACAACUCUUCUCACACAGAUCAACAAUAAGUUUCGUGAGGCAGUUGUUGGGGUCCAAAUUGUCAUCUGGAUUGUGGUGUCCAACGAUCUAAGGGUUGAGAAGAUUCAAGAUGAGAUCGCUGACAAGUUAGGCCUUGUUGGAGAGGAGUGGAACCGAAAAGAGGAAAGACAUAAGGUCACUGAUAUACACACUCACAUGAAGAAGAAGAAGUUUGUGUUGUUGUUGGAUGAUAUUUGGAGGAAAGUGGAUCUAACAGAAAUCGGAGUUCCCUUUCCGACUAAGGAAAACGGUUGCAAAGUAGUAUUCACAACUCGUUCUAGUGAAGUAUGUGGCCACAUGGGUGUUGAUGAUCCGAUUGAAGUCCAAUGCCUAGCAAAGAAGGAAGCGUGGGACUUGUUCAAGAGAAAAGUCGGACCACUCACGUUGAAAAGCCAUCCAAGCAUCCCUGAACAAGCAAGAAAAGUCGCCGAAAAAUGUUGUGGCCUACCCUUAGCGCUAAACGUUAUCGACUAUUUGAUAGAGAAAGAGAAGUUGAUAGAUUACUGGACAUGUGAGGGAUUCAUAAGUGAGAAGAAAGGUAGAGAAGGAACAAUAAACCAAGGUUAUGAGAUAAUCGGUACGCUUGUCCGGGCAUGUUUGUUGCUGGAGGAAGGAAGCAACAGAUCAAAGGUGAAAAUGCAUGAUGUGGUACGUGAGAUGGCUUUAUGGAUAUCAUCUGAUCUUGGUGAAAACAGAGAAAAGUGUAUCGUUCGAGCCGGGGUUGGGUUAUGUGAGGUACCGGAAGUCGAGAGAUGGAGUUCUGUGGAGAGGAUGUCACUAAUGAAUAACAAGAUUGAAGAGAUCUCUGGUAGUCCCAAGUGUCCCAAACUUACAACGUUGUUCCUCCAAGGAAACAUGCCAUUGGCAAGCAUCUCGGGAGAGUUCUUUAGGUUUAUGCCGAAUCUAGCUGUUUUGGAUCUAUCUCAGAACUCCCGUCUUGAUGGUUUGCCUGAGGAAAUAUCGGAGUUGGUCUCCUUGAGAUAUCUUGAUCUGUCAAGAACAAUGAUCCGGAGGCUACCUGCUUGUCUCGGAAAGUUGAAAAAACUAAUGCAUCUGCAUCUAGAAGGUACGAGGAGUCUUCGGAGUAUCCAGGGGAUAUCUAAGCUGUCGAGUCUAAGAACACUAACGUUACUACGUUGCAACAAACUUAGCUUUGACGAUAGCUUGAAGGAGUUGUUCCUCUUGAAACAUUUAGAAGUUCUAACCAUUGAAGUCGAGUCAAAAAUGAUAUUGGAGCAACUGUUUUACUCUCCCUUGUGGUGGAGGAAAUGUAUUCAAACGGUGGUUUUCAAGAACACUGGGGAAGACUCUUUCGGAUUCUUUACUCUUCCGACUAAUCUCCGUAGCCCCAAAGGCUUAUGCUUUCAAAACCUCACUUCUGUGGCCAUAGAAGGGUGUAAGGGUCUGAAAGAUUUGACGUGGUUGUUGUUCGCUCCAAAACUUAUACAUCUGCGCCUGACGAAUCUAAGUCAACUAGAAGAAGUAGUGAGCAAAGAGAGAGCUGAUAAGCAGCAGGUACUACAAGGUGUUCUUCCUUUUGAGAAUCUAGAAACUCUGGUGAUGCUUAACUUACCUGUGGUGGAGAGCAUCUACUGGACUCCCCUGCCGUUUCCAUGUCUGAGGGAAAUGCACAUAGAACUGUGUCCGAGGCUUCGGAAGCUUCCGCUAGAUUCUAACAGCGUAGCUGAAGUUGAAGGGUUUGUCAUAAAAUGCGAAGCAGGAGAUUGGAUAGAAGGGAUUGAAUGGGAGGACGAAGCCACGAGACUCCGUUUCUUGUCUUCACGUAAAAUGGUGGUGGGUUACUGCUACUAG